GCAUCAUCAGCGGUUUGACUGCUAGUCUGUGUUUGUGUUGGUUAGCUUAGCCUGCUAGUGCUGCAGGAGGAUAGAGGGAAUUUGCGCAUUUCAUUUUGGCCUAAAAUGAACGUUUUUGAACAUUUCUUUUGGAUUUGCUGGUGAGAGGUCUGUGUGCUGUCGUUGUCAUGAAACAGCAGCAAUGAUGUCGAAGGAACAUGUUUUUCCUUAUAGCUUGACGCCUCAUUUUUCGGUUUGCAACAUUCGAGCCAAAACAUGACAGACUGUGGAGACGUUUGUCCUCACCUGGACUCCAUAGGUGAAGUGACCAAGGAGGAACUUCUGCACAAAUCAAAGGGCACCUGUCAAUCAUGUGGGGUAGGUGGUCCCAACCUCUGGGCAUGUCUUCAGUGGGACUGUCCCUAUGUGGGCUGCGGAGAGUCGUACUCGGACCACAGCACCACACAUGCACAGGCGAAGAAACACAAUCUGACAGUGAAUCUGACUACGUUCAGGGUAUGGUGUUAUGUAUGCGAGAGAGAGGUGUUUCUGGAACAGAGGCCUGUAAGCCCAGUGGCAGCAACUCAACGCUACAAACCUCUCGAACAGGAUUCUUCUCCCCAGAAUGCACGUCACCCGUUAAAGGCAGUGCCGAUUGCUGUGGCGGAUGAUGAAGGUUCGGAGUCUGAGGAAGAUGAGUUUAAGCCCAGAGGCCUCACGGGGAUGAAGAACAUUGGAAAUUCGUGUUACAUGAACGCAGCAUUGCAGGCCCUCUCAAACUGUCCUCCUUUGACUCAGUUUUUCCUGGACUGCAGUGGGCUGGUGCGCACAGACAAGAAACCUGCACUGUGCAAAAGCUAUCAGAAACUCAUCUCUGAGCUCUGGCAUAAAAAAAGACCCAGUUACGUGGUCCCCACUAGUCUGUUUCAUGGCAUUAAACUGGUGAAUCCUAUGUUUCGAGGCUAUGCGCAACAGGAUACUCAGGAGUUCCUGCGCUGUCUGAUGGAUCAGCUGCAUGAGGAACUGAAGGAGCCUUUCAUUGACUGCAGCAACUCCAUCACUGAUAAUGACUCAGAGAGCAACCACGACAAUCAGAACCAUGCCGACGGAGACCGUAGCCCCUCCGAGGAUGACUUCCUGUCAUGUGACUCGGGUUCGGGGAGUGAGAGAGGUGACGGAGAUAGAGCAGGAGGUGAAACCGAGCUUCUUAUUCAGGAUGAGUGCUCAGGAGCAAGGGAGAGCGGCGGGAUCUCUGAGAAAGAGAAGCUGAAGGAGAGACGAAGGGAGGACCAAGGAGAGGAGAGAACACCAGAGAUGGAUGAGGAUGCUGAUGUGGACACGGCAGUGCAGGAGGAGCAGAACGAAAGAGGUGGAGAGCAGAUGGGGACCAGCAGAGCUCAGGGAAAUACAGAACCAGACAACGAGGUGUCCAUGCAUCACCCGUGCUCUCGUCCCUGUAGCCCCACUCACAGCGUGCAGGAAUUUCAUUCAAAACUGUCAAGCAGCCCAUCCAGGUCCAGCCCUCUACGGGCCAGCCCCGCCUAUGCCUUCAAGAAAGCUCAGAUGCUCCUGGGCACCAAGAAGAAGAAGCAGUCUCGGUUCCGGAGCGUUAUUUCCGACAUCUUUGACGGCUCCAUUCUGAGCCUGGUCCAGUGUUUGACGUGUGACCGGGUGUCAACAACAGUCGAGACCUUUCAGGAUUUGUCUCUGCCAAUUCCAGGUAAAGAAGACCUGGCUAAACUCCACUCCUCCAUCCACCAGGGCACUCCAGCCAAGAUGGGUGUGUGCACAGACACCUAUGCUGCCCAGGGCUGGCUCUCCUACAUUAUGGAGUCGAUACGCAGGUUUGUAGUGUCAUGUAUCCCCAGCUGGUUUUGGGGUCCCAUGGUGACACUGGAGGACUGCCUCGCUGCCUUCUUUGCUGCAGAUGAGCUGAAAGGGGAUAACAUGUACAGCUGUGAACGAUGUAAAAAGUUGAGAAAUGGUGUGAAAUAUUGUAAAGUCCUACAACUCCCAGAGAUUUUGUGCAUUCACUUGAAGCGUUUCCGGCAUGAGGUGAUGUACUCCUUUAAGAUCAGCAGCCACGUGUCUUUCCCUCUGGAGGGUUUGGACCUGCAGCCCUUCUUGGCCAAAGACAGCCCUUCUCAGAUUACUACUUAUGAUCUCCUAUCUGUCAUCUGCCACCACGGCACAGCUGGAAGUGGCCACUACAUAGCAUAUUGUCAGAACGUUAUCAAUGGCCAGUGGUACGAGUUUGAUGAUCAGUAUGUAACGGAGGUCCAUGAGACGGUCGUGCAGAACGCAGAGGCCUAUGUCCUUUUUUACAGGAAGAGCAGUGAGGAAUCUGUAAGAGAACGGCAGAAAGUCAUAGCUCUGGCUAAUCUGAAGGAACCCAGCCUUUUACAAUUUUACAUUUCCAGAGAAUGGCUCAACAAGUUCAACACAUUUACCGAACCAGGACCCAUCACUAAUCAUACCUUCCUGUGUCAGCAUGGAGGAAUCCCUCCUACCAAAUAUCACUAUGUGGAUGAUCUGGUGGUGAUUCUGCCUCAGAAUGUGUGGGAAUACCUUUACAACAGGUUUGGAGGAGGUCCAGCUGUAAAUCAUCUUUAUGUGUGCACUAUCUGCCAAGUGGAGAUUGAGGCCUUAGCCAAACGCAGGAAAACUGAGAUUGACACCUUCAUCAAGCUCAAUAAGGAGUUCCAGGCUGAGGAGGCUCCAACAGUUAUAUUGUGUAUCAGCAUGCAGUGGUUCAGAGAGUGGGAGAACUUUGUCAAGGGUAAAGACAAUGAGCCUCCAGGCCCAAUUGACAACAGCAAGAUUGCAGUGAUGAAGGGGGGACAUGCACAGUUAAAACACGGGGCUGACUAUGGGCAAAUCUCAGAGGAGACAUGGCAGUACUUGUUGGGAAUUUAUGGUGGCGGUCCUGAGAUUGCGGUGAGGCAGAGCGUCAGUACUCUUGAAUCAGACACACAUGGCGAGAGGAAGAUUGAGGCAGAAACUAGAGCACUCUGAGCGAGUGGCAUCCUGAAUGUGGCUGAACUUUAUUUGCACCAUGUUUACGCCUGCUUUCCUGUAAGCACUUUGUGAGCGCACCUAAUGCCAUGGUCUGUAACCUCUAUAGGACUUGGAUGUCUAGUCACACAGGGUUGGUACACUAGAAGGUCUACAUUUCUGGAGAGUGUCAUGUACAGUGAGUCAGUCAUUUCAUGCAGUUGUGAGUCUGAGCCCAUUUCCUCUCUUCAGAUCUCUCACACUCACAUUUAAACUUGAUUUCUUCCAGAAUUCAGAUUACGCAUGUGCAUUAAUGCACAGGUUCUCUUGAAUAAAGCAUAUACAGUAAAAAGCUUUCCAUGCACUUUGUGGUAUGAACACAAUGUUCUAGGUUGUAAAUAUUUACUCCCAGCAAACAAAGAUCUAACUGGGAUUGAUGCAUAACUUACUGUAGCAGGAAUGAAGGCUACUGUACCAUAAAGCUUCACUCCCACAGAUGUGCAUACGCAAAAGAAAACCCAGUCCACUCCUCUCUCUCUCUCUCUCUCUCUCUCUCUCUCUCUCUCUCUCUCUCUCUCUCUCUCUCUCUCUCUCUCGCUCUGUGUCUCUCACUCACUCAUACUCCUCUCUCUAUUUCUCUCUCUCUCUCUCUCACACACACACACACACACAGAUAAUAAUUAAUUCAAAUUCAGCUGUUGUAGUUCUUCCAUGUUUUCAACUGAUUGACUACCUUGUUUUCAACCCAACCCUGGUUGCUGCUUUUUAGAGUGAUACUACUAACCUUAAACCCAAGCAGACUGCAGAUUAAACCACAAUACACCUGAUCUUUGGUCAGUCCUCCACAUUUUUAUAAUGUGUUCUUCUGGUGGCUGCUAAUGUGAUUGAAGGAGGUAUAUGUGGCAAGUUAUCCUACUUUCAGACUGAGUCAUAGUGAACUGUUUAGCACUUACAUCAGAGCCACGUUUGACUUCCAUGUAAUGUGAUCAAAACAGUACUGACUCAUUUAACACUAAUGCUAUCACGUCAGACGCUGUUUGACUAAACUGGUUUUCAAGUUUAAUAGUGGGCCUUUAAUUUCAUUGAAAGUUAAAGGAGAACCAUGACAAUUACAGCACAGAAAGUGAGGUCAUGUCAUGAGAGCCAAUCUUUGCUGGGUCAAUAAGCUAUUAUUUAUGUUUGGUCCAGUAGCCAUUUUUCUGUUACGGUUAAAGUAUUAGACCCUGUUUUAGACAUGACUGGAUUUGGAAGUCAUAUACUGUGUGUCAAAUAUGAGUGAUGGGUUAUGUCUCUGUUCCUUUGUAAAUUGAAGUAUCAAUGUACACUUCGUAAAAAAAAAAAACUUUAUUAUUAUGUAGAAAUGAAAAGAGUGAGUUACACAGAAAAAGUGCUUUACAGUCUUUUAUUUAUAUCUGUCUGUUUUAUGUGCCCUUGCGUUCAGCUCCAGUUGGAAUUCACCAAAGUAGACUGUUGACAGUUAUACCAACAUUUUUAACUUAAGUUAAUUAGUAAAUUCAGGGCUUGUGCAAUGAAGUCAGUCUGAGGAGCCUUGACAAUGAACAGUGUUUUACUGUUAUGCUAAAGUACAUAUGAUUUCACUAGGAAGGAUGGUGGCUAUAAUGUACAGCAUGUUGUGCUUAGUCAUGGGCGGUAGCCUAAACAAGCCAUCCUUUGUUAUUGUAUCAUCUUAAUUCUUCUGAUGGUUCCGUCUGUAUUUAAAUCAUGCAUAUUUAAACAGAUUUAUGAUCUAUAUUUCCUCCAUAGUUAAAUUAUCAGAUGAUUGUUUCAUGAAGCACAAUCAUAGACAGCUUGAUAAUCUGAUUAUUAAAAGAAAACUGUUGAAAACUAAGAACAACUGUUUUUCUGAUUAUGUAAAUUGCAAUUAUUUAAAAUGCCAAGCUUAGUGCUUGUGUGAUGGCUUUUUGACCUGGAGUGUGUAGAUGUCACUGGCAAGUGAACUAAUAAAGCCUGUUUUUAUA